CAUUCCUCUAUUGUGAAAAUUUUAAGAUCAAGAUGGAAAAUGGGACUCGAAAAGGCGGUAAUGUUGGGGAAAGAGCUUCCAUUUCGACGAAAGAUGAUGGGUUCUUCUCCAACAAGAUCCUUUCAAGAAAUUAUUCUGCGGGGUAUUCUUCAAGGAUAUAUUACAGGAGUCCUGAAGGGGUGCCUUUUAACUGGGAAAUGCAGCCGGGGACGCCAAAGGAUCCGCCCAAGGAAGAUAAUCUCCCACCCCUUAGUCCUCCACCGGCGAUUCUCAGCCUAGGGCUGCCUAAACCAUGUAUCAACGUCGAAGAGCCUAAGCCUCCAAGGCUAUUAAGGUUCAAGUUUUGGAAGCAGAGGGAAAAAGGUGAUCGGACUAAGAAGCUUCAAAUGGAGCCUAAAGCAAGUAGUGAUCGUUUAGAUGCCGCGGAAUCAGAGAAGUAUUUUGAGAUUUGUAGCUGCGAUGGUGAAGCUACGGCAUCUCCGCCGCUUGCUUCCACCUCUUCGUCUUCUUCGUCCAUUUCCUUAUCUAAUCCUCAUUCUGCUCCACAGUCAUGCUUAGGGGGUCCGACCAGGGAUUCACUGCAUGGAUCUUAUGGUUGCGGUCCAUGGAAAUUUUCUUGGGUAAUUGUUCGUGCAGCAAGACGGCAAUGAUGCACAAGUCAUAUGUCUUAAUGUGUGAAUUGAUCAUUGUGUAAUUUUAUUGUGUUUUUUGUAAUAUAUAUCUCAAGGACAAAUCAAUUGUUAGCAUAAAAUGGCUUUAUAUUA